AUGAAUACAAAGAAAAAGAGUGCUGUUUGGAAGUAUUUUACAAAAAAAGAUGAAAUAUCUGCUUCUUGUAACAUAUGUACAAAAGUCCUAAAACAUGGCGGUAAUACCACAAAUUUAAUACAACAUUUGCAAAGGAAACACACAUUGCACUUACAAUCUAACGCUUCACUGGACCAGGAAAAUCUUGAUAAAACUAAAAAUAAACAAGAAAGCAACAGCAAUAUUUUAAAAAAUAGAGAUGAAAAUGAAAUUUGUAUUGAUGAUCCAGACGAUCCUGGUUCAUAUGGAGGCACCACGGCUUGCAAUAUUACUAAUUCAAUUGCAUAUAUGAUUGCAAAAGAUAACUUUCCUUUAUCAACAGUGGAAAACGAGGGAUUUCAACUAUUAAUGAAAACUAUUGCUCCUUUAUAUAAGGUACCAUGUAGGAAAACACUUACAAAGUUACUGGAUUCUAAGUACGAAGUUUUAAAACGUAAAUUUAUUGAUAAUAUACAGCACAGUUCUAUCACAGUAACAUGUGAUAUUUGGACUGAUAUUUCGAAUAAAAGUUAUUUGGGUAUUACUAUUCACUAUUUGAAAACAGAAACUUUAUUCGUGAAAGGUACUAUAGGUGUGAUUCCUUUAGAAACAAAUCACACAUCAGAGUAUAUUAAGAAUGAAUUGCUUUUGGCAUUUAAAUCUUUCAACAUUGAUUUAUCAAACAUUGUGGCUGUUGUUACUGACAGCGCUCCUAACAUAGUUAACGCAGUAAAUUCUUUGUUUAAUGUAAAAAAACAUAUUCCUUGCAUGGCACAUGUUUUGGCUCAUUUGGUUCCUGACAGUCUCAAAACGAUACAUUUAAUAGAAACGAUAAUAACAAAAGUAAAAAAUACUGUUACGUUUGUCAAAAGAAGUGUUGUAGCUUCUGAUGAAUUAAUACGUUUGCAAAAACGUGAUGGAAAAACAGAGGGAACUAUUGUAAAAUUUAAACAGGAUGUUCCAACUCGUUGGAACUCCACAUUCUAUAUGAUUGAACGAUUUCUAAUGUUGAGAGAAUACAUCUACCCUAUAAUAUUGAAAUCUCCGAUAUAUGUAGAGAUGAUUACACAUGAAGAAUUUGAUAUAUUGCAUGAUAUGGUAAAACUUUUACGUCCAAUUGAAUUGGCUACUAAAGAAAUUGGAGGGGAUUUAUAUCCAACGUGUAGUAUAAUAAUUCCCAUAAUACGUUGUAUGACAAAAGCAAUUCAUGAUUAUAUCUCUACAACUAAAGAAGGUAUAAUAUUAAAGAAAAAUAUCUUGUCAGAGAGUGAACGUAGAUUUCAUAAAAUUGAACAAAAUCGAAUAUUAGCAGUGUCUACAAUCCUAGAUCCUAGGUUUAAAAAAAUUCAUUUUCAACAACCAAUGGCUGUAUCUUCUGCAGUUACUUAUAUUAAUAACUUAAUACAAGUACCUACAGAUGAGAUAGAGUCUGUUAAUGCUAAUGCAUUAAUAUCGAGUAAUGAUUGUAAAGAACAUGAAGGUUUGUGGGCUUUUCAUGAUAACUUGGUAAUAUCAUCUACUGUUACUCAUGACAAUCCUGGUGGAAUUAAUGUAGAAUUACGCCAACAUCUAAAUCAACCUGUAAUUGCAAGGUAUCAUAAUCCAUUACAAUAUUGGCAAACUUUAAAACCUGCAUAUCCUACGUUGUUUAACAUAGCAAAGAAAUAUUUAGCAAUUGUCGCAACUUCUGUCCCUUCUGAACGUUUGUUUUCAAAAGCGGGUAUAAUUAAAUCAGAGGCCAGAAAUCGGUUAACACCAAAAAGACUUAACAUUUUGCUUUUUUUACAAUCAUUAACUCGUGAAGAUUGGAAUAUUAGUUAAAAUAUUCUUGUAUGUCAUACGUGGUAUAUAGUACAUAACUAUAUACAUGUAACAUGUGUGUUUUAUGUAGUUACAUGGUAUACACACUUUAAGAUUGAAGAAUCUUUUUUUGGUAGGUUAAGUUUACAGUAGAAUCAACGGAAGAGUCAUUCUCUCUUUUUGUAACAUUUAGUUAACAACAGAGAUUGACUGACGCUUGCGUUGACUUGUUUUGCGCUACUUAAAUGGAAAUUAACUGUUUAAAAAAUUAUUAAAUUUCUUUUGUGCAAUAUUGUAUUAUUGUUAGAUGCUUUUAUAUAUGUAUAUAUACAUAUAUAAUUCUGUGUUAAUUUCAGUGCAAAAUUGUGAUAUUCGUGUAAUAAUAACACUGUUUGAAACAAUUAAAAGGAUUAUCUGCUUUAUAAUUCUAGUGAAAAAUAAUUUAUGUAAUUGUUUCAAACAGUAUAUUGAUAAUUAUUUGUUUAAUGCACAUUGUGAUAUAA